UCAAUCUCCUCUGCUCAAAACCGCUACACGUCGAGAUGCAGAUCUUCGUGAAGACCCUGACCGGCAAGACCAUCACCCUCGAGGUCGAGAGCUCCGACACCAUCGACAACGUCAAGGCCAAGAUCCAGGACAAGGAGGGCAUCCCUCCCGACCAGCAGCGCCUCAUCUUCGCCGGCAAGCAGCUGGAGGAUGGCCGCACCCUCGCCGAUUACAAUAUCCAGAAGGAGUCUACCCUGCACCUCGUUCUCCGCCUCCGCGGAGGCGGUUUCUGAAGAGACGGGAGUGUUCUCUUUUUGAUACAGUUAAGGGAGUUUUCAUGCGAUUUCAUCUUGGUUUCAUGGAGCUUGAAAGUAGCCAUCUUUAGACAGGAUAAGCUCGUGGGUCAUUGCUGGGUCUAUGGUAGGUUUUGUUUUAUGUAAAUAACGAAUGAGUGAACCUUUGAAUAA